AUGUCGAGCAGAAAGACAAAAGGCAAAACAACCAAGAAGCGCGCUCAGCGUGCAACCUCAAAUGUCUUUGCGAUGUUUGACCAAGCACAGAUACAGGAGUUCAAGGAAGCUUUCAACAUGAUCGAUCAAAACAGAGAUGGGUUUAUUGAUAAGGAAGACUUGCAUGACAUGUUUGCAUCUCUAGGAAAGAACCCAACUGAUGCACUGUUGGAUGAAAUGAUGACAUGCGCCCCUGGUCCCAUAAACUUCACAAUGUUUCUGACAAUGUUUGGAGAAAAACUCAAUGGCACAGAUCCAGAGGAUGUCAUUAGGAAUGCCUUCGCUUGUUUUGAUACAGAGGGAACUGGGAUGAUUCCAGAAGACAUGCUGAGAGAAUUGCUAACAACUAUGGGUGAUAGAUUUACUGAUGAAGAGGUGGAUGAGAUGUACCGUGAAGCUCCUAUCAAGAAUGGCUACUUCAAUUUCUUGGAAUUUAUCAGGACCCUAAAGUACGGCAAACGUGAAGAUGAUGCACAGUAG